GUCAAAGAUGGCAGACAGGAGAUCGAAUUUUGGAUGAUAUUAUUUUGAUAUUUUAAGCGUUUUAGAUUCCUUMAAAGCCCAAAUAAUGGGCGGACUAUUUAGUAGUAAUGUCCAGGGAGUCGAGGAAGUUGAUAGUUUCUCAUCAGCCUCUUACAGAUACCCACCGCCAUCAGGCAGUUAUUUUGCUGAUCACUUUAUAAUGGGAGGGUCAAGAUUCGAUACAACACAGCCAGAAGCGUAUCUCUUUGGUGAGAAUAACGAUCUAAACUACUUGAGUCCCAAACCAGUUCCCUUUCCUUAUCCUUCUUCUCAUGGCAAUGAACCAACAAAAACUCUUCGAAGUCUUGUAAACCUACGGAAGGAUACUCUCAAACUUGUCAAGUGUGAUGAUUCUGGUGAUGAUGAAACGUACCAUAUCCAGUUUGUCUUUGAUGCAGAUGUGAACUGUUCAGUAACCAUUCAUUAUCAAGCAACAGAAGACUUGUCUACUGGACUAGCAGUCUAUACAUCUAGGGACCAAAGUUCAACAUCAAGAAAAUUUUGUUACAAAAAGGGAGCUGGUCAGCAGUUUAGCCAUUCCACACAGCACAGGUUCAGAAUAAGCCAGUUUAAUGAAGACGAGCUCAACUAUAAUCCACUUUCAAGUAGUCAUAUUCCGAUCGUGAUUCAAAUUGACGUCGAUGAUGAAGAAUUCCUUGGCCAUUCUCACAUCACAAUGGCUACACUGGAACACAUGUCAGACGGAUCAUACAUUAUAAAACCAAUUAAACAGAAACAGAUGGUUGAUGGGCUGUGYUUYUUGCUUCAAGAGAUAUAUGGUAUUGAGAACAAGGCCAUGAACAAYGAGGGCUUCAAGGGUGAUGAUGAUGAUAAUGAAUUAGAUGCAGAGGAAACUGGACUGGAGUGCGUAAUAUGCAUGUGUGAGAUGCGUGACACUCUCAUUCUACCGUGUAGACAUUUAUGCUUAUGCAGAGCUUGUGGCUCCAAGUGAUGGCGAGGAAUGCAUUCCUGGCUAUGAACAAAUACCUCUUGUAGAAGCCUUGAAUGGUCGAAUAGCACCAGACAACAUACCAGAAGAGGCAAUAGCACGAAUGCGUCGACGAUCAUCCAGCGUGCGGUCUUCCGGUCGACGCGCUCCGUCUCGAACAGGAAGUAUAAAAAGUCAGCGAAGAAUGGARCGUUCCCAGUCUGCUCGGUCAGCAAGACGGCCUGGUACCGCUCCUUCAGUAGACCAYAGUGAACACGUGCAUGACACGCCCUUGCAGAGUGAAAACAGUUAUGUGAUUGGUGUUACUGAGUUUAAACCGCAGGAUAUCCACGAGUUACCAGUACGUGACAUCGAAGACGAAGACGAUGAGCCUCAAGAACUGCAAGUUCAUGUCGAUGUAUCUCUACCCGGUACUCCUCUGGGAAGCGAGAAUAGUGUCCACAGUGGAUGCAGUCAUAAAAGUAACGUGUCGUCGUCUUUAGUCGCGGCCACACCGACAUGUGUCCGACUAGAAGAGGAACUVCACGGACCUAUCAGAGAUGGCCUCUCGUAAUUUUUGUCAAAGGAAUUUUAUAUUGCUUCAGAUGGGCCAGUUUGCACUAACAAAAGGCCCAUGUGCAUUCAAGAACCUUUGCGCGAAUUUCUCAGAUACGAAAAUUCGCCAUSUUURAUUUUGAACCAGCCAGAAAGCACAUUUCAACUAGAGAUCGUAUAGGUAAAAYAGUAUAAACGAGCGCAAAGAUUCAUGGAUGCACGUGGGCCUUGAACUUCAGCUUGAUAGACGGAGCACGAGCGAGCGUAUUUUAUACUCAUUGCGCAUGCUCAUUAUUAUAUUAUAGACAAGUCUAUCCCACAUGGUGCAACGGCAAUUUCUUAGGAGCGAGUUUAAAGUUCCUCGUGAACGUGGGUUCUAAUUCAAAUAUUUAAUUWCUUUAUCUUCUAAUAAUUCAAACCACUUUAAAAUUUUAUAAGAAAAUUUACACUUCCAAAAAGGUUUGGUCGCAACGUAUUGAGUUUGUUUAUAAGUAACAYGUAAGCCAGUAUAUGGACACAAUAUUCAGAAGUUAUAAAUGUUUUUCGCUAGUCUGCUGUAAUCGACCUGAACUCACUGGUCCUUGUAAAUAGAAUUUGAAGUUAAGUUCAGGAUGAUCAAUGACUUUUAAGUCAAAAUUUAAAAGAACUUUGCUUUUUUGUAUUUAGGUUAAUUGCAGUCGUGCGUCAUUCCUUCAAAAAUGGAAACUUCAAUUAUUAGCUUCUUGUUCUUAAAAAUUCGCCAGAGGCGGAAAAUCGAUCGAUGGUGUAUUUCUCCUGCUGAGAAUUACAGACGAAAAAAAAAGCGUCAUUUAUUUCGGCUUGAUCCAUAAGUCUCUCUCGCUGUUUGCUCUCGAGCGAGACUAGUACUCAGAGCUAAUCUCAUAUAAUUUACUUGUAAUUCCUGAUUUCCGUUUGUUUUUAUACCUUUCUUUAACUUCAUGAGAAAAUGCUUCCAUCCGAGACAAAUUUUCCGUCUCAAACUCCGAAUUUUCCGUCUUUAGUGUUAAAUUAGACAAUAUAUAGAUGCUUAACAAACAACUUAAGGUUGUUUAAUGAUUUUAAGCUGGCUGGGGUAAUUUUGUAAAUAAAUUUAUUGUUAAUUUGUUAA